UUAUUAAAUAGAUACAUUACUACCGUUGUUUUGAAUGAAAUUCUUGAUGAUGUUUGAGAAUGUUACAAUAUAUUACAAUUGUAAACAUUACAUAUUAUUCAAAUUGAUCAGUGUAGUAUAAUUAAUUAAUAAUAUAAAUAAAUACUAUAAUAAUAACAAUAAUGUGGAAUUACAAACAACUCCAUGAGACAUUUAAAAGUAGUUUAUGCUAUAAUUAAUUUUUUUUUUUUUUUGGUCAGUUAACCUAAAAAUGUGCUUCAUGUGGUAGUUAACUUUAUUUUUCAAAUAAUAAAACAUAUAUAAAAUUAUUUAUUAAAACUAGAACAUGUCAUUUUUAAGAGUCACAUCAGAUAGAAACAGGGAUAGACUAUCUUAUGUGUGGUAGGCAAUUAACAUCGUUCAGUACUUACCCUAACUAUCGUAAAUACACAAUAACAUGAAGAUUGUAAUGUAUAGUGAGAGCUUUGAUGUAAUUUAAAAGAAGCAUUGAAAUGUGUCUAAUAAUAUUCUUCCUAUUCUUCCCAGUUGUACAUGACCACUGUUCUCUGGUCAGAUCAAAAUGAGAUCACUGUUUACAGAUCACUUGAAGACUUCAAGACGCUGCAUGUGAGUCUCUUUCUUCAUUUCAUUUGAAAACAAUUUAUGUGGCCUGUUUUUUUUAAUGCUGCAUAUAUGUUUACUUCAGUUGAGUCGAAUAACAUCCGCCUGCUUAUUUCUGUAGAAACAACUCAAGAAGAAAUUCCCUUCUUCAAACCCCUUUAAAAGGUCAGGAAGGAUUGUUCCCAAAUUUAAAGGUAAAUACUCUACCAGUUGCUCCUUAAAACAAUGCAAAUUUAAGCACAACCCUCAUUGUUAAGUAAUAAUUUAAAAAAAAAAAAAAACAUUUGCAGCUGCAAGAGUGCAUAAAAACAUGCAGAAGUGGAGCCCCAGUAAGUCGGUGCUCAGACUGAAGUCUCUGGAAGAAUACUGCAGUGAACUGCUGAAGAGCGAUCCCCGUAUCUGCCAGAGCUCCGAGUUCAUCCAGUUCCUGCUUCCCAAACCCCAGGACCUCAAUUCUGACUUUGCAAAAAACAGUAUCGUGAUCAUGCCAUCAGAGACUUCUCUGGACAGUAGUAAAGUUUUAACGAACAAUGAUGUUACUCAACCCUUUGUUACUGAAACAUACCGCUGCAUAGCUACUUAUGAGACCAAGGACACCAAGAAUCGCCCCUUCAAGGUUGAAGUGGAUGAGAUUGUGGAUGUGCUCAUUAAAGACCAAAAAGGAUGGUGGCUGGUGGAGAAUGAAGCCAAAAGUCUAGCCUGGUUUCCUGCUCCUUAUCUACAGAGAGCUGAGAUGAGUGAUGACGGUCCUGAUGUGGUGGAGGUCGGAAGUAUUUUUUAUGUUGCUGCCAAAAAUUACAAAGCCAUGAACAGUGAUGAAAUAUCAGUUGAGAUUGGGUCUGUGGUGGAGGUGUUACAGAAGUCUGACAAUGGCUGGUGGAUAGUAAGGUACAAUCGAAAAGCGGGCUUUGUACCAUCUAUGUACCUGCAACCGUACAAUAACCCACGGAUUCGCAUGAUGCCCGCUCAGAGGGAGAUGACCAGCUCCACUCUUGACUUGGCACAGCUUCAACAUCUUGGAGACAAUUCCCUGCAGGCUUCCGGCCGUGAGCUCAGCAGAUCCCAGGGUAACCUGCGUCUACCUCCAGGAAGCACCCUGGACCCUAGAGAUAAGCAGAUGUCACGUUCAAUGGGUAGACUGCCGGAUGCUCAUUCGGCACGGCUGACUCCACCGUCAAUCCGAGUGCAAUUUGCUAAGGACAGUCAGCAAAGCAGUCUGAGUGAGGACAGCGAAGAGUUCAGCGACGAAAGCAGCUUCUCUGGCAGUGAUUCACUAAAUCACCGGAGUCGCACCCCUACACUUAACUCUUCUGGCAGCCUGAGCCCUGAAAGUCCCACAGAAGGCAAGAUGAUCGGCAGCCGAUCAGACCCCAGUCUCAGUAAGAUGCCCUCCACCCCCAAGGUACCACCUAGACCCCAAGCUCAGGAGAUACUCAAACGCUGCACCACCGUAACACGCAAAAACCUGCAAAGAACCAGUUAGGUCACCUCAGUGCGAUGUCCAGCACUGUACUUGUUUGAGAAGAACAGGUCCAGACAAGAGUUACUGUUCAUCACCAGAACACUUGUGUGAUGCUAAUAAGAUUAUUUAAUGGACAAAUUAUGGAGCUUCAGGAGACAUUCUUGUGCACACAAAUAUGUUACACCUUAUUCUAUUUAGAACUAAAUUUAGUUCUUAUUCUUGGAACAGAAUAUUAUGUUUGUUACAAAUGAUAAUCUACUAGAGACACUGCUCUUUGGAUCAGACACAAUCUAUAAAAUGUAUUACAAUCUUCUACAGAAUAUUUAUCCAAGAUUUAGGUCUUUCCUAGUUUUUCUUUUUGAAGCAAAAUCUUUUCCAUAGUGGAAAAUAUAACUUGUACCUUAUAUGCAUUGCAUAUCUUGACAUAUAUUAUACUUGAAUACUGUACACUCUUCAGAGAAUUGAUCUUCUUGCAUAUUUCCCCCAUGCUGAUUGCCUGUAAAUGUAAAAUAAAAUAGAUGUACUAAAGACUGGAUUUUUGGAGUUUUAUUUUUUGCAGGGGUGUCCAAUACUGCUCUUGGAGGACAAUUUUCCUGCAUAGUUUAACAAGAAUGUGUGUUGAACUGUUUUAAUUUACUUUUAAUAAUUGCAAGUAUAUUAUUACCAGUGUUGGGGGUAAAGCAUUACAAGUAAUGUGAGUUAUGUAAUCAAAUUACUUUUUUUUUUUUUUUUCAAGUAAUUAAUAAAGUGGUGCAUUACUUUUAAAUUUACAACAACAUGGUUACUUUUUCAAACAAGUAACGCAAAUUACUUUGUUUUCCUAUUUAUUGACUGAAUUUGUGUUUCCAUCAGCCUGAGGCUUAUUUGUUUCACUUUUGGUGUGAAAGGGCCUUUACAUUUGCUAAAAACAUAACUUUUUUUUUGUUAUUAAAAAACAAAGCAAGCCCAGCCCAGGUGAGAAAAAGUAAUGUAAGCAUUAGCAAAAAUGUAGCAAAAAUAAUGUAACUACUUUAUAUUAGUGCUGUCAAUCGAUUAAAUAAAUAAUUAAUUGCACAUUUAUGAUCACAGAUAUGAUCAGAGAUUAUAAACUAGAUGUGCUGUGUUUGACAGAAACCUGGCUAAAACCAGACAAUUAAUACAAUUUAAAUGAGUCCACCCCCCAAGAUUACUGUUAUAAACAUGAGCCUUGUCAGAAAGGCAAAGCGGUAGAUGUUGCUGUAAUUUAUAGUAAUAUCUUAAGUAUUAUUCAGAAGUCUAGUUUCAAAUUUAACUCCUUCGAAGCGAUGGUGCUUUAUGUAACGUUAUGUAGUGUAAAUGAUAAAUCCUGUUUGACAUUUGUGCUGGCUACUGUAUACAGGCCACCAGGGCACCAUACAGACUUUACCAAAUAAUUUGCUGACUUUCUAUUGGAGUUAUUACUGUGAAUACAGUCCAAAUUGUUGGUGAUUUUAAUAUCCCAUGUACUUUAUCUGCAAGGAUUUCCAGUUAGGACUUAGACCGUACCAUAGUACUGAGACGGCUCUCAUUAGAGUUACAAAUGAUUUUCUCUUAUCAUCAGAUCAUGGUUGUAUCUAGUGUUACUGGAUCUUAGUGCUGCAUUUGACACUAUCGAUCACAAGAUUCUUUUGAAUAGACUCGAAAGUUAUGUUGGCAUUAGUGGAAUUGCAUUAGCAUGGUUCAAAUGAUACUUAUCUGACCAUUAUCAGUUUGUAGCAGUAAACAAGAUAUCGUACCGAUCACAAGUUCAGUGUGGAGUACAGCAAGGCUCAGUACUAGGACCAUUGCUUUUCACUCUGUACAUCCUACCCUUGGGAGAUAUUAUAAGGAAGCAUGGCAUUAGUUUUUACUGUUACGCUGAUGAUUCUCAGCUCUAUAUUUCUUUGCACAAAUGAAACUUAAUUUACAAAAUUAACGGAAUGCAUAGUUGAUAUAAAAAAAUUGGAUGACUAGUAAUUUCCUACUUCUUCAUUCAGAAAAAAACAGAGAUUCUAAUUAUUGGACCAAAAACCUCUGCAUGUAAUAACCUAGAAUACUGUCUAACACUUGAUGGCUGCUCUGUCAAGUCUUCGUCGUCAGUUAGGAACCUGGGUGUGCUCUUUGAUACCAAUCUUUCAUUUGAAAGCCACAUUUUUAGCAUCUGUAAAACCACAUUCUUCCAUCUUAAAAAUAUAUUUAAACUACGACAUAUGCUCUCAAUGACAAAUGCAGAACAGUUAGUUCAUGCGUUCAUGACCUAGAUUAUUGUAACGCACUACUGGGUGGUUGCCCUGCUCGCCUGAUAAACAAACUACAGCUGGUCCAAAACGCAGCAGCUAGAGUUCUUACUAGAACCAGGAAGUAUGACCAUAUUAGCCCGGUUUUGUCAACACUGCAUUGGCUCCCUAUUAAGCAUCAAAUAGAUUUUAAAAUCUUGCUACUUACUUACAAAGCACUAAAUGGUUUAGCUCCCCAGUACUUGAGUGAGCUCUUAAAGCAUUAUAAUCCUUCACGUCUAUUGUGAUCUUAGGAUUCUGGCCACUUGAUAAUACCUAGAAUAUCAAAAUCAACUGCAGGUGGUAGACCCUUCUCCCAUUUAGCACUUAAACUUCGGAACAAUCUUCCUAGCAUUGUUCGGGAAGCAGACACACUCUGUCAGUUUAAAUCUAGACUAAAAACUCAUCUCUUUAACCUGGCAUACACAUAACACAUCAAUUUAUAUUUUCACAUCCAUUAAAAGAUUGUUAGGCUGCAUAAAUUAGGUUAGCUGGAACUGGGAACACUUCCUAUAACACCCGAUGUACUUGUUACAUUAUAAGAAGAAUGGCAUCUAUGCUAAUAUUAGUUUCUCUGUUUAUCCCGAGGUUACCGUAGUCAGCCGGAUCCAGGCCAUAUCCAGAUCAGAAGGCGGACCUGCAGCUAAACACAAGCACAACACAUCCCUGAAAUGUCUGCUAGAUUGUAUCAACUAGACCAGCCUUAUCAAAAUGACAGCCAGUGGCACAGAUCCUCAAGAAACCAGUCUUCCAUACUGGCGUGAUGAAUCCGAUCUUCAACCAGAUGGAACUGGAUUAAAUAUUUUGAAUGUUCUGAUCACAAUCUGACUUCUGACCUGUAAUGCUGCCUGAACCAUAAACAUGCACUGUUUGUUUGUUGGCCAGAGGAGAACUGGCCUCCCAGCUACGCCUGGAUUUUUUUUUUCUCCAUUUUUGUCACCUGAUGUUUGGGUUCCUUGCCACUGUCGCUUCUGGCUUGCUUAGUUGGGAACACUUAAUAUUCAACAAUAUUACUGAUUUGCCUGUAUUGACAUUGUAUGCGAACUGAACUGAGCUGGACGAUGACAUUGCUGUUUUCUCCAGAGCUGCUGUAUAGAUAAAUGAACUAAAUUAAUAAUAAUAAUUUUUACAACGGAAUGAAUCAAUACUUACUUAAGCUGGACAAUGACACCAUUUUCUUCUAGAGCUGCUGUACAGCCAAAAUUAUGUUCCCUCUAUCACUGUGAAGCUGCUGUGACACAAUCUGCAUUGUAAAAAGUGCUAUAUAAAUAAAUAUGACUUGACUUUAUAUACUGGUACUGAUGUCUCUAUGAAAGAGAUUUUUUAAAAACAUUAAUUAUAGACAUUCAACAUUACAGAAUAACCGAAAGCUAUUAUUAGACUUUAAAAAUAACUUUUAAUUUAAGUGAACUUAAAACAAUAUUCACAUAAACCCAUUAUAAUAAAUGUCAUAUUUACCUGUGGCCUUGAAGCUUCCUGUCUUGACAGGUAGGAAAUACAGAAAUUGAAUCAAACACUUUAUCAAACACUUUAUAGUCUUCACUACAUGAAUUAUAAAUUAAAUAUAGAUUCAUUUCUUAAAGCUACAAUUUUCUGUUACCUUUGUUCUUUGAUUAACAUUAAUGGCAGACAUCACAGCAACUGGUUUAUUAGGCUGAUCUGACUUAGACUUUUUGCUGCCGAACAGGACUUGGAUCUGACUCCCAUCUCAUUUUCUCACAACUCUUUAAGUUCUGUUCACGUUAUUUAACUCAUUUAAGACUGCUCGAAUGAGAAUACUCGACAAAACGGGUAUUUUGGCAUAAUUCUGUGUGUUAUUGUUUGUUCAAAGGCAAAAGAGAACUCAAUACAGACAUGACAUUCCCAGACAGCGCGUUCUCAUUUGUCUUGUGGUGCUUGAACGGUUUAAAAGCAUUAGUGUGAAUGUAAACUCUUUUGUAGUGUAAACUACAAAAACACAAAUUUGUGAAGAUGGCAAGGUCAUGCGUCAUACAUGUUCAGUCAAUAGGAACAUAGUUUCUUUAAAAAAAAAUGACAUCGCCAUCUACUGGCCUAGCAUGAAUAAUACAGCGUUUUGAGUCGUUUUCACAGAUCCAUGUGAACGGGGAUCAUUUUGACAAUGUUGUCAUCUGUGUUUUUUUUUUUAUUUCAUCUUUGUCACGUAAACGUACCCUUAAAGUCAUCAUGAAAUCAAAAUUGGCCCUAUUUACUUUGUAAUCUUUAAUCAAAAUCUGAAAAGUUACUUCCGGUCUGGAAUGGCGAUCCUUCUCUGAUGACGUCAGUUUGACGGCUUGGGUUGAAAAUGCUUAAGCCACUCCCCUCCAACCAUUAGUCUGCUAUGAGCGAGAGAUGGAGAGGAGGAGCGCUAAAAUAAAACCCCGCCCUCUAUUCAAUAUUCCGUUUCACUUGGAAAUACGUCAACACUGGAGAAAAGUCGUUUGCAACUUCCGAUUCACAGGGACUUUCAACUAAGGAACCGAAUUCAAUUUUUACCAUGAAUAUUUAAAUAACCAAGACCUUUAAGCAUAUUUAAAAAAUAAAAAUGUAAAUCUGAUUAAAUGCCAGUCAGGCCGUCAAAAGCUCUACACAGUCUUCUAAAUCUGGCACAAUGAGGAAAAAAUUAACAAAUGAAGCUCAGUGUAAAUCUGGGUGUUUUUGCGUAACAAGGUGUGACUGCAACAAGUGAAAGAUUUUGUUUCUUGAUUUCUGACAUUUUUUAGCCUUGUUUUACAAUGAAAUGUCAUAAUAGGGCAUUCUCUCAGACAAAUGACUUGUCUACUCGUCAGAAAUGCAUUGUUGGGGUUACGACACUAUCAUGUAGAAUACAAAGACCAAGAUCAACUCGAGAAAGAACAGGUGAAUUUGACAUUUGGUAAAGAAGGAAAGAGUAUUGUAUACAAGCUGCAUCCUUGCUAAGCUGUGCGUCACACAACACUUACAGCAAUCUGGGAUGCCCAACAUUCAGUGCUGUUUUAAGCAGUGCACACAUGACUCACUGCUUGCAUAAGAUAUCGAACGUUUCAGGAAAACCGAAGCGGGAAAAAGCCACGGUAUCAUUAAAAGGACUCAAUACACAAAAUACAAGAUGGUUUUUGGAAAUGGUUGUUUGAACAGUGCUAUAAGCUCAGAGAGAUAUUAAAGGAAUGUUCUGUGAUAAAUACAAGCUCUGUGGACUGCGACAUUGUCCAUUACCACAGAAAAUACUUUUAACAAAGAUAACAUAAGUUUCAAUGGGUUUCCAAAAAAAGUAGAAUACUCAUAUUUUGGUUAAAAAUUACUUUUUGGUAAAAUAUUUUGCAUUUUAUAUGUAAAAUUUGCCAAAUCAUCCUUUUAGGGGUCUUAAUUUUAACAUUUAUUCCUAUU